UCAGCGGAGAAGCGACAUGGUGUCGCUAAAGCUGCAGAAGCGGCUCGCCGCGAGCGUCCUCCGUUGCGGCCGCCACAAGGUGUGGCUCGACCCCCAUGAGGUGAACCACAUCGCCGUCGCCAACUCUAGGGAAAGCAUAAGAAGGUUAGUGAAGGACGGAUUAGCGGUAAGGAAACCUACAAAGACUCACUCACGGUCUCGAGCACGGCGAGCGCUGGAAGCCAAGCGGAAGGGAAGACACUCCGGAUAUGGUAAGCGAAGGGGUACAACGGAGGCUCGGCUCCCGGCUAAGGUGCUGUGGACGAGGAGAACGCGUGUGCUACGGCGUUUAUUGCGCAGGUACAGGGAAUCCAACAAGAUCGAUAAGUAUCUGUAUCAUCAUAUGUACAUGAAAGCGAAGGGUAAUGUCUUCAAGAACAAGAGGGUGCUGAUGGAGAGCAUUCACAGGAUGAAAGAUGACAAGACCAAGAGAAGGGAGUUUGCAUGACCUUCCACUUAGUAUAUCGUGCGUGUCAACAAUGUUGUAUAUUGAUUGGUUGGAAGCAUAUUUAUUUAUACUACUCCACUUAGCCUAAUUAAACUUCAGGUACUUAGAAACCGCAGGCAUUCCCCAAACAACCCCCUUUUAUACCAGAC